GAGGGGGUGGCCGCGGAGUGCGGGUGUGGGCGUCGCCAAGCACCCAAGCCUCUCCUGCCUUCUCCGGCCGCGCCCCGUCCGCCCGCAGCCUCGCGGCGCCAGCCUCGACCCUCAGCGCUCCGGAUCCGGCCGGCGGGGCGCGCCCGCCGCGCGCAGUAUGUGGCAGCGGACACGGCCCCGGCCCCGCGCGUCCUGGCGCUGGGCGCUGGCAUUGCUGACCCUGGGCGGCGCAGGGCUUUGCCACGCCGGCCCGCAGCCCAUGCACCCCGCGCGGCCGGGAGCCAGGAACAAGAACUGGUGCGCCUACAUCGUGAACAAGAAUGUGAGCUGCUCUGUGCUGGAGGGAAGUGAGAGUUUUAUUCAGGCUCAGUACAACUGUGCCUGGAGCCAGAUGCCCUGUCCGUCGGCGCUGGUGUAUCGUGUGAACUUCAGACCCAGAUAUGUCACCAAGUACAAGACAGUGACACAGUUGGAAUGGAGAUGCUGCCCCGGCUUUAGAGGGGGAGACUGCCAGGAAGGUCCCAGGGACCCCGUGAAGACCCCCCGCCCCACGCCUGCCCGGCCUCGAAAUAGCUUGAAGAAAGCCACAGAUAACGAACCAAGCCAAGUCUCAGAGCCCAAGAAAACUUUGUCACCAACUCAUGCAGCAGAACCAAGCCAAAUGGUAGAUCCAAAACAGGGACCACAAGAACUUCAGGCAAAGAAAAUCCAGGUGCUUGAAGAGAAGGUUCUCCGACUCACAAGGACAGUUCUUGAUCUCCAGUCUUCCAUUGCUGGAGUGAACGAAAACCUCAAACAUGCCAUUCAGGACGAUGCCAGCAAAAUGCUGGCAUCAUGGCUCAGUAACCUGCACCCCCAGCAAGUGCCCGACAGUGCCGUUGGCGGAGACACGGAGACCGUCCAGCUUCCCGAUGUCCUCAACAAUAAGGAAUCUGGCAUGAAGGACAUCAAGUCUGAGUUGGCAGAGGUCAAGGAUGCUCUGAAGACCAAGAGUGACAAGCUGGAAGAGCUGGAUGGGAAGGUAAAGGGGUACGAAGGACAGCUCAGACAGCUCCAGGAGGCUGCCCAGGGCCCUACGGUGACCAUGACGACCAAUGAGCUCUACCAAGCCUAUGUCGAUAGUAAGGUUGAUGCCCUGAGAGAGGAGCUCAUGGAGGGAAUGGACAGAAAGCUGGCUGAUCUGAAGAACUCAUGUGAGUACAAGCUGAUUGGUCUCCAACAGCAGUGUGAGGACUAUGGCAGCAGCUACCUAGGAGUGAUUGAACUUAUAGGAGAGAAGGAAACAAACCUGAGAAAAGAAAUAAAUGAUCUUCGAGCCCGGGUACAAGAUCCUUCAGCUCGGUCAGACUGCUGUGGUGGUGAAAAGAAUGGUGACUUUGGGCAACAGAUCAAGAUGUUAGACCAGAAGAUCGAAAGAGUUGCUGAAGCCACCAGAAUGCUGAAUGCACGACUGGACAAUGAAUUUGACCGCCUUGCAGUUCCAGAGCCAGACGUGGACUUUGAUGCCAGAUGGAAUGAACUAGAUGCAAGGAUCAAUGUGACAGAGAAGAAUGCGGAAGAACAUUGCUUUUACAUUGAAGAAACCCUUCGGGGGACCAUUAAUGGCGAGGUGGAUGACCUGAAGCAACUUCUCGAUCAGAAAAUACAGUCUUUGGAAGAGCGCCUGGGGAGUGUUCUCUUGGAGGUGGCCAACAGCACUGAGGCAGAACUCACCCCCCCAGCCUCAGCCUUACCAGGGGUGUCAGGGGCUGGGAACAAGCAGGUCCUGAUAGAGUUAAAUCACCUGAAGAACAAAGUUCAAGUUGUGGAGGAUAUUUGCCUACAGAACUUUCCAAGAAAGCCUCAUGGGAUAGAAGAUACUUUGCCAAAUGGAGAAGACCACCUAACGGGUGAUAGUUUGAACCUUUUGAAAUCCCUGAAUGACACGAUGCAUAGGAAGUUUCAAGAAACCGAACAUAGCAUCCAGAAACUUCAGCAGGAUUUUCGUUUUCUUUAUUCUCAGCUAAACCACACAGAGGACGAUGUGAAUCAGCUCCAGAAUGAGCUGAACAGCUGUAGAGAAGGUAAAAACGCGGCAGUGGGUGGGUUUUCUAUGGGGGGUGAGCAAGGAAGGACGGUGGAGCCCCUGCCAUCUCCCCGGGACCCCCUGGCCCCUUGCUGCAGCCAGCUGGAGGAGAGGUGGCAGCAGCUGCAGAAUCGGGUCCUCUCCGAGCUGGACGCUUGUAAGGAAAACACACACGGGGUCCAGAGGGACGUCUCCGUGGUGGAGAGCAGGGUGUCUCACCUGGAGAAAACCUGCAGCAAGCUGGACUCCAUCUCAGGAAGUCUUCAGAGGAUCAAGGAUUCACUUAACAAGCAUGUCAGCAGCCUCUGGAGUUGUGUCAGGCAGAUGAAUGGGACACUGCGGUCACAUUCCAGAGACAUAUCUGGCCUGAAGAAUUCUGUCCAGCAGUUCUACAGCCACGUUUUCCAGAUUUCUACCGACCUGCAAGACCUGAUCCGAUUUCAGCCAUCGGCAACUGAGGAGCCCUCUGAAGCACCCCCGUCCGGAGGAAAGGCCUCGCAGGUGCCUGGAAAGCCCUCCCACCCAGCUCUGGUGGAGGCCCCCACGGAGGCCUCUCGUCCCAAGCCGACUCCUCUGCCGACACCAAGUGCUCCCCCGCUUUCUGAGGACCCCAGAAAACGGCCGCACGUGGGCCAGCAGCCCGUCCUGCCCAAGAAACCCCCCCAGCUGCUGCCCCCGCCAGCAUGGCCAGGCUGGACAGGGCUGCCCUUCUUGCCCGGCUCCACAGGGGUCAUCAUGGAGACUGGGGAGGCAGGGCCUCCGGGAAGGAUGGGCGUGUCAGGGAGGGGCCUGCCCCAAGGAGUGGACGGCCAGUCGGGGCAGCGGCCCGUCCCCAGCACCGAAGGCUUCGCGGGAGCACCAGGGUACCCCAACUCCCCUCCAGCAGCCUCCCCAGGGGUUCCAGUGCCUUCUCUGGUGUCUUUCUCUGCGGGGCUCACCCAGAAGCCUUUCCCCAGCGACGGGGGCGUUGUCCUCUUUAACAAAGUGCUGGUUAACGAUGGAGAUGUGUACAACCCCGACACCGGCAUCUUCACGGCCCCAUAUGAUGGGCGCUACCUGAUCACGGCCACCCUCACGCCCGAGAGGGAUGCGUAUGUGGAAGCUGUCCUGUCGGUCUCCAAUGCCAGUGUGGCCCAGCUGCAUACAGCCGGCUACAAGAGGGAGUUCCUGGAAUACCACCGGCCCCAGGGGCCUCUGCACACUUGUGGGGGCCCUGGGGCGUUCCACCUCAUCGUGCACUUGAAGGCAGGAGAUGGUGUCAACAUCGUGGUGACUGGGGGUCGGUUGGCUCACACGGACUUUGAUGAAAUGUAUUCCACGUUUAGUGGGGUCUUCUUAUAUCCUUUCCUUUCUCACCUCUAGGGUGACUGGGGAAAGACAGUCAUUAAGAACUGGGAAGCCUUAAUAUAUGCAGUUUCUGUUCUAUGUAUGGAGCACUGGUCUAGUUUCCUGCAAACAUCCCAACACCUUCCCCAACAUCCAGGCCCAAUGGGGCUGCCGAGGCCACACACCUGAGCGUCCCCGGUGGGUGGCAAGGACACAUGUGCCUGGCUGCAGCCUCCUGUUCUGCCUGGCUACCUGAGAAGCGGGGUCCGCCCUAUCCCGUGGCCACCGGCUC